UUGGAGCCCAAGUUGAAUCAGCUGCUGCUGCAGGACCACUACCGUGCCGGGAAACGUGCUCUCCUUGUCUUGUUUUACCUGAAUAAAUGGAACUGGGGUCAGACACAAUCCAGCGGAUUCUCUCCAAGUACAAAUUUCAUGAUGUGGCAGUUCAGGAGCUGGAGAAGAUCCAUCGCAUCUACCCUGAGAUGAAACCAUCCACAGGCACAUACACGUACAAUGACAACACGCAAAAAGAUCUCCUGAAAUUAACUGGCGUUAUACCUGUGAGGUAUGAAGGUCGCUCCUAUAACUUCCCCAUUCAGAUGUGGCUACUGGACUCCUUCCCCUUCACUCCUCCCAUAUGCCUUCUGAAACCAACCUCUCACAUGGUCUUGAGAGACGGCAAGCAUGUUGAUGCCAAAGGACGGAUCUACCUGCCAGCACUACACAACUGGGAUUAUCCCAAGUCAUCAGUUGUGGGUCUUCUGACAGAGAUGAUUGUCAAGUUUGAAGAGGAUCCUCCGCUAUCUUCGAAGACCACAAGGGAUAACAAAGACCCUCAUGAGCUUCUGGCAUUUGUUUCAAACUUAAAAAUCAGUGAUGGUGGAGUCAGGCAUCAUGAUCAACCGAUCAAAGUUUCAGUUAUUGGAGGAGGAGAUUUAGGAAUGGCAUGCCUCAUGAGCAUUUUAUCAAAGUGUAAAGUGGAUAAACUUGUUUUCAUCGAUGUUGCUGAGAGCUCCACCAAGGGCGGCAGUACAGAUUUGGAGAUUUUCAGUCUGCCAAAGGUUGAGGUGUCCAAAGAUUUAUCCGCUUCUGCAGGCUCCAGGGUUGUCGUGGUGACAGCAAAUGCAUGGAGCAGCGAGCAGUCAUACGUAAGCGUUGUUCAGACUAAUGUCGACUUGUACAGAGGGAUCAUCCCAACUCUGGCACAUCUCAGCUCCAAUGCUGUAAUGCUCAUAGCAUCCCAACCAGUGGAUAUCAUGACGCAUGUUGCCUGGAGGCAGAGUGGCCUGCCCCCGACACGGGUGAUCGGAGCAGGAUGUAACCUGGACUCGGAGCGACUCAGUCACGCUCUGGAUAUUAACCUGAACACACACAAACAUGCGUGGGUCGUAGGAGAACUAUCAGACAACAAAAUUGCAGUGAUGAGUAACGUUGGCCUGAACUCUAAUGCAACACCAGAGAUCGCUCCGGGAUCCAGCUCCACCAAACCCCUGUUAGACAGAGCAUUUGAGAUAACGAAGAAUCGAGGUCAGCGCUCGUGGUCCAUUGGUCUCUCCAUAGCCGACAUCACAAACAGCGUCUUGACGGAUAAGAAGAAGAUACACUCCAUCUCCACACUGGCUCAGGGCUGGAGUGGCAUAGGCGCAGAGGUCUUCCUCAGCAUACCCUGCAUUAUGGGUGCAGGUGGAUCCACACGCUUGGCUGGAGCGUCGCUGGGACAGGAGGAAGACUCCAAACUCAGAGAGAGUGUCAAUUCCCUUUCUAACCUCAUGGGUCAGCUCCGGAUAUGAAGAAUGUAACCAGUCUAGCUGCUUUUAACUGUCAUUAUUGUCAAAACGUUAUUCCCUCGAUGGACAGUGUCUGUUUUGAAGUUACUGACAUUUUUAAGUUUGAGAGCACUUCUUUCUUAAAGAUGUAUAAUUUAAUAUUUUCUAAUGUCAUUGGACACUUAUACUAUGAGAAAUAUCCGUGUACAGAUAAAUGCCUUAUUUUCAAGACAUGUCACUCAUUUUGAGAUUGGUCCGGCCAUGCUUUUUGAAAGCCAUGAAAUUUUCAUCAAAAACACUAAGUGAUGAUUGUCUCAAACAACGGUUUUUGUCAGCUCAGGUUUAAUGUGGCUUGAAGUACUUUAACCAAAGAAGCAUUUAAAAACAACAUUCUAAUGAACAAAGUCAAGAUGAUGGCAGAUAAAGGAUGAAUUAUGUGUUUCAUACAAACUGUAGGGUGUUUACUUUUGAAUCAUUCGAUUGUGUAAAGGUUAGCCUGUGUACCCUGGUCCUGUUUCCAAAUGGCUUAAGUUCCUAUGUGCCUCCUUUGCGCUUGUUCAUUUUUUGCAAAAAGUCUUUACACAGCUUAAUAUGCACUAAAUUAAUGUAAAGUAUGAAGAAAGAAAUGUUACUGUUGUGUGCAAUAAAUACCCGAAAGCAGUGA